CUCCCCCUCAGGACCCUGCUUGCACCCCAGGAUCUGUGAUGCACCCCACAGUUGCACCCUGAGAUACUUGCUUGUGCCCUUGGUUCUCUUCUUGCACCCCCAGGUCCCUGCCUGCAGCAGAACCUGAGCAGCCCCACGGCAGCAGCUGGUGGCACGUCCCUCCAUGGAGUUCUCGGAGCUGAUCAAGACGGCGACUGUGGAGAACGUGUUGCUGUCAUGUGCGGGGCUGCCAGUGGUGAAGGGCACCCUAUGCAUCACCAGCCACCACCUUCUCCUCUCCUCCUGUCCCAGGGGGGAUGGCCAGACCAGCACUGAGGAGCUCUGGCUGCUCAUCCGCAAUGUGGAUGCCGUGGAGAAGAGGUCCACUGGCUCCUCCGGCACCAUCACGCUCCGGUGCAAAGACCUGAAGGUGCUUCAGCUAGAGAUCCCAGGCCUGCAGGAGUGUCUCAACAUUGCCAGCUCCAUCGAGGCCCUCUCCUCGGUGGACUCCGUGACGAUGAUGUACCCAUUCUUCUACAGACCCCUGAGCCUGAAGCUCGAGGAAGGCUGGCACCUUUUCCCCCUCGAGCAGUACUUCCAGCAGAUCGCCUCACAGACGAGCCAGUGGCGGCUGAGCAAUGUGAACCAGGACUUCACCACCUGCCCCACAUACCCUCCGGCUGUCAUCGUGCCCGCAACAGUGGAUGAUGAUGCCCUGCGGAAGGCUGCCCGCUUCCGGCAGGGAGGGCGCUUCCCUGUCCUCAGCUAUUACCAUCCCAAGAAUGGCACCGCAAUGCUCCGCAGCAGCCAGCCGCUGACAGGUCCCAACCGAAAGCGCUGCCGCGAGGAUGAGCUGCUUCUGGGGAUGGUACUGGACAAGGGGGAGCAGGGUUUUAUCAUUGACACGAGGUCAGCACAGACAGCAAAGCAAGCUCGGAUGACUGGCGGGGGCACAGAGCCCAAAUCCUCCUACCCUUAGUGGAGGCGGCUGCACCAGCCCCUGGAGAGAGGCCGCCCGCUGCAGGAAAGCUUUAUUAAGCUGGUGGAAGCCUGCAACACCACCUUGACCAACAUGGACCAGUGGCUGAGUCGCUUGGAGAGCUGCCGCUGGCUGAGCCACAUCAAGGCAGCCCUGAGCACAGCCUGCCUGGCAGCACAGUGCAUGGACAGCAAAGAAGCCAGUGUGCUGGUGCAUGGGGCGGACGGGACAGACACGACACUGCUGGUCACGGCGUUAGCCCAGGUGAUCCUGGAUCCGUCCUGCCGCACACUCACAGGCUUCCAGGGGCUGCUGGAGAGGGAGUGGAUCCAGGCCGGGCAUCCCUUCCACCUCCGUUGUGCCCGCUCUGCCUCCUCCCAUGCCCGGCUGAAGCAGGAGGCGCCACUUUUCCUUCUCUUCCUUGACUGCGUGUGGCAGCUGAGCCACCAGUUCCCCUUCUCCCUGGAGUUCAGCGAGCGCCUCCUCCUGACCCUGUUUGACAAUGCCUAUGCCUCUGCCUACGGCAUCUUCCUGUGCAACAACGAGAAGGAGAGGUGCCUGUGUAAAGUGAAGGAGAGUACACACUCUCUCUGGGCCUGGCUGAACCAGCCUGGAGAGAAGAGGAAGUACCUGAACCCUCUCUACUCACCCAAUGCCCUGGUCAUCUGGCCCUCCGUGGAGCCGCAGAGCAUCCACCUCUGGCAGGGUUUAUUCUUCCGAUGGAUCCGUUCAUCCCAGCACCUGGACGAGGCCUGGGGGGAGAUCCAGCGGUUAGCAGAGUGUCACAACCCCCCCCAGAAGGAGAGCACAGGGAAUAGACUGAGCCAGGCCCUCUCUGACCCCCUUGCCCAGACAGAGAAUGGAAGAUGAACAGUAGCAGGGACAAUUUGGUCCCUGUGGAUGGCUGGGCCAAGGUGAGCCAAACUUGUAACACCCUUUCCACAAAGGGCUGCAGCUUGAGUGUUGCGUCAGUCACUCCAAGCUAGCAGCCAGACAGGGAUAUCUGCCCUUUAACCCAGUUCUGAGGAAGGAAAGAGAUACAAAGCACCCUCCAGACAGAGAGACACCAGGCUAGAGGCCUGGAAGGAUGAGGAUCCACAACACAAGCAUGCUAGUGCAGGAAAUAACUGUUCCCUGUGGAAAGUUUGGCUCAGGGUCAGUGCAGCAAAUAAACAAAGCACUGGAACUGGGCGCGUGUGUGUCAUCUGGAAAACAACACCUGGCUGCAGCACUUCCAGCCUGUUCACACAUCAGGCCUGGACACGACCCUGGGCUCUGGAUCCUCCCUGGGAAGUGUCCCUGUCUACCCAGGGGUGGAGAGCCCAGCACCCAACAGCUCAGGUUAAUUGUAUUGCAGACUGGGAAAAAAGCUCAAACCCCCCACAGGUGAUUUUCCUUGUGUUUAUAGAAGAUUUCUGGUUAUUUCCU